GCGGCGACGCAGCCAGGAAUCGCAGUCUGCGCCGUCACCUCUGCCCUGUCCUUCCGCCUCUGCCACGACCAGCUGUUCGCUUCUGCACCGGGAACGAUGCCGCCCACGGAAAUGAAGGUAAUCACCGUAGCUGACGAGUUCAGCAAAAAUCCAGAGCUGAAGGAAGACGACCUCCAACACCUGCGGGAUUGGGUGUCAAAGCAGUCUCAUUUACCAAACAUACCAGACGACCAGCUGAUCCUGUUCCUGCACAGCUGCUACUACAGUCUAGAAAGAGCCAAGAAGACAAUUGAAGCCUCGUACACCAUCAGGUGCCUGGCGCCGGAAAUGUUCUCCGAUCGGGACCCCUUGAAGCCGGAGCUACAGGCUGUCUGGAAAAUGGCACACAUUGCCUCUCUCCCGAAGAGGGACCCCGAAGGCAACAAGGUGAUAGUGGUCAAGCUGGCGGACACCGAUCCGCAGAAGUUCAACCACGCCGACGCCACCAAGGUAUUCCUCUUGGCGAUGGACGCGAGCCUGCGGGAGGACGGCACGGUUCCCGGCUACCACUUCAUAUACGACACCGCUGGUCUCGCCAUGGGACACCUGGCCAGGUGCAACUUCACCGUGCUGCGCAAGUACAUGGUCUACGUGCAGGAAGGUCUCCGGAUUAGAAUGAAGAGCGUCAACACGAUCAAUAUGAGUGCCGUGGCAGACAAAGUUAUGGGCGUCGUGAAGCCUUUAAUGAAGAAAGAGCUAAUGGACCACAUGUACUUUUACUCUACUGACCUGGAACCUCUGUACUCGCGAAUACCGAGAAGUAUUCUACCCAAAGAUUUCGGAGGAGAAGAGGCGACCAUGGCAGAACUGUCAGAAGUGCUGAAAGCUAAGGUCGAGGCUAACCGCGACUGGUACAUAGAAACUGAGUCAUGGAAAUCUGACGAGUCUAAGCGAGCGGGCAAGUCAGUAAGCGCUGGAGAACUGUUUGGUGUGGAAGGAAGCUUCAAGAAGCUCGACAUCGACUGAAUAUCAGUGCCACGUGAUCAACUGAUGACUGAAAACUGUGUGCUACGAAUGUUGACAGUUUUAUGUUUCAUUUAUUUCCGUAAGCAUUAUUCUGAGGCAGUUGUAACAAAUCCAACAUCCUUAAGUCGCCUCAGCUCCGAGAGUCUUUGCGGAACGACUCUGCCAGGGUGAAACUGGUCAGUGAUAAUGUUGCAUUGAGUCCUGUUAUCUUCCUCUUCCUUUAUGCCAACAACAAAGGCUUACGACUUUCCUGAAAAGUUUCCUGCCAGGGAUGUUUUGUGUCUUUAUACACGGGACAGAUACCAUAAAGUUUUAAUAAUCACAUCAAAAAAGUAAAGUCACAGAAUUGUUUGUUUGCAGUGACAUGUCUGCAGUCUUGGUAGACAUUCCACUCCAUAGUACCGCAGCAUGCAGCUAGGAGGACCAGAGCAAAAUGGCACAGUUCAUUCGUGGAGUGGAUUGUCGUGCGGUAAAUCAUUUUCGGCGGCAGCGAGAAUGGUGUACACUGUGUCAGACCAAUCCAGACGACUAAAGACUGGACAGCCUGGUUCACCUGCAACGUUUUCCACACGAUGCUCCACACUAACAAUAGGCAGCACCGUUUUAUUUAGGACCCUCUAGGGGGAGCUGCAAUGUUGUGGCGCAGUGAUUUCAACGUGUAACGGGACCGCGAAAUAUACUCAUGCAAACAAAAACUUAAUUACACAACUUUAUUUUUUCGAAGUGAUAAUUAAAACUCUAUGGCUACCCGUUGCAAAGUCAAAAAAAUAUGAAGUUAAUAAGUCAUUGUCUUCAGUUGUAAAUAAUUUUGAUGUGAAAAAUCAAUAUCAUCUCUUCUAUAGGUAAUUCAUGUAGAGUAAACGUAUUCUUGUUUUGAUUUCUGUACAAAAUUUGUGGAAAGUAAGAUUUUUUACUCCGUUGUAAAGUCGGAAAAAUAUGUAGUUAAAAGUUAUUGUCUUCAGUUGUAAGUCAUUUUGAUGUGAAAAAUCAAUAUCAUCUGUUCUAUAGGUAAUUCAUGUAGUGUAAACGUAUUCUUGUUUUGAUUUCUAUACAAAAUCUGUGGAACGUAAGAUUUUUUACUUUAAAUGACCAUUAGUGUCGGUCAUGUGCGGUUUCCGUUGUUAAUGUUGAUAAUUAUACCAAUAAAUUUAUUUUAGUAUUAGUAAUUUCAUUUGUGUAGUUGCCCUUACGACUCAGGCAAUAUUGUACGUUUUUGGAGUUCCAUCGCAGCGCGGAAAGGCCGCGCGGCUAAGGUGCCAUGUCACUAAUCGUGCGGCCCCUCCCGCCAUCGGUUCGAGUCCUCCCUCGGGCAUGGGUGUGAGUGUUGUC